AACGACUCAUUUCUGAUUGAGGUUAGAAUUACGACGUCCGUCAUAGGAAUUUGAUUUCUUGCAUAGUUCUUCCCGAAGAACAUGGGUCACGAAAUCUCAUAAGAUAAUACGUCUAUAUUUUCUUUACUUCAUGUUUAUAUUCCUAAAUAUGUGCUUCAAAAAUGUAGAAUGCAGGCAAUGUUUGUAACACAUAAUAAGAAUUCGUUACAAUUGAGUGUCAUUUAUACGAGUUAUUGAAUAUACUUUGUAUAUCCAAUAUGUCAAAAGGAAAGAAAAGUGCAUACAGUAGUGAGGAAGGUAGUAGUUCAUCAGGUACCUCUUCUUCACUAUCAUCUGAUGAAGAAGUAGAUGCUAGGGACUUAAAACCAAUUAAGGAAUAUUUGUCAGAUCGUAGGGAAUUGGCUCGUCAACUUUUUAAAUCUGUUAAAGCUGAAAAGAUACAAAUGAUGUUACCUCAGACUUUAAAGAAAAUGGAUCUUGUACAAUUAGAAAAGUGGUGUGCUAAUGAAUUAAGUGGCAUGUCAAAGAGCCGUAUAUUAUGUAUUUUAAAUGGAAAACCUAUGUUAGAAUCAUCAGAUACAAGUGAAUCAGAUGAUUCAGGACCCUCUUUGGAAAUUAUCUCAGAUACAGAGGAAUGGUUUACUGAUGAUGAUAUGUCUAAAAAGGAAGAAGGUUCAAAAGUACUUAAAGGAAAAAUAAAGAAAGAAAGGAUCAAGCAAAAAGGAAAAUCUCAACUUAAUAAAAAGAAUGAUAGUAAAUCCAUUUCUAAGAAAGUUUCUGAUACUGCUUGUAAAAACAUACAAGUGAAAAAGGAGAAUGAUACAGAUAAAAGUAAAGAAAAGGAAGGUGAUAGUUUAUUGGACUUAUUAGAGUUAGAAAUGCGUGCAAGAGCAAUAAGAGCUUUAAUAAGAAAAGAGGAAGAUAUAAUACCAAAUACUUUAAAAUCUGCGACAAGUAAUGAUAUCUCAAAUGAAAAUGUUGUAGCUAAGACUGAACAAGAUGAAAUAAAAGAAAAAGAAAAUUGUAGAAGACAGUUGGAAAGAAUUAUUAGUGCUCAGCAGAACAGUACUGCUGAAGAUGAGGAUGUAGUAUUAGUCGUUCAACCAACUCCAACUAUUGAGCUACUGUCGAGUGAUAGUGAAGGAGAACCUCAUAGUGGUGUGCGUGUAAAUAAAAAAUUACAGAACGAACGAGUUAUAGAAGUCAAAGACAAUAUUAAUCAUAUUGAGAAUAGCGAUAUAAAUACUGUUCGUAGUGUAAGUAGCGUAGAAAAUUUAAAGGAAAAUAAAUCAACCAAAAGCUCGAUAGAAACACGUAAAGAAAUAGAUAGUGCACAUAAAACUGAAGCUUUUAAACGUAAUCAUAGUAAUAAUGUACCUUAUCAGGAUAAUCAAUCAAAAUCUAACAGUAAAAAACGAAAAACAAAGAAAAAGUCGCAUGUAAAAGAACAAUCGAAAAAUGUAACUUCCGAAGUCGAUACACACGAUAUAAAAUCAGGUAGUGCUCAAAAUAUUAAGGGUACAAAAAGUGACGAUUGUUUGGAUACGAAAUUAGAGGAAAAAGAGCACGAAAAUAAUGUUACAUCAAAAAUGAUAAAUAAUAAUUCAUUAUCAACUGAACAAGAGUCAAUCGAAGCAUUAAAUAUUUCAGAUAAAGUAGGUUUAGACGAAGAAAAAUCCAUUGACUUGGAUGAAAUAAUUGAUUUAGAUGAUUAUUGCGACGAUAUGGAUGAUAUAGAAAAUAGCGAGAAUGAUAAAAAUAAUAAAACUGCGGAAAGUAAAGAAUGUAAAUCACAAACGGAAUCAAAUUCGGCACAAAAGUCAAAUGGAACUGAAACUUGGGCGAGUCGUUAUUAUCAAACGGACGAUGUACAAAAUGUAAUAAAAGAAUCGAAGAUUCAGUCGGAAAUUCGUAAACGAUUAAGAGAACGUCAAAGACUUUCCAAGCUUAAUACAUCUCCGAAUAAAAAUCUUCCUUCGUCACCACCUGUAGUAGAAGCAACUAACAAUAAAAUUAUCGAAAAACAUCCAAUGGGUUCGGUCGAUGAAUAUUUGGCUUUAAAGCACACUGCCGCUACCAACUUUAGUAGCAAUAGUUGUAGCUUGAUAAAAGAUAACGUAGUAUCUGCCAAUACACAUGUAGAUGCGAAUAAGUUAAUUGAAAACAAUCAUACACCUAAUAUAUUUAAUUCUGUAUAUUCUAAAAGCCAAAUGAUCGACAAAGAAUCUACUUUAAAUGACAACGCAAAUAUUAAUGAUACAUCUGCUACGAAAAAAGAGAAUGUAGUUAACGCGAGUAACAUUAUGAAUUCCGGUUAACUUUUAUGUAAUAGAGUCAUAUUAAUUAUAUUUAUACUUAAGCAAUGAUAAAUAUAUUUCACGAGUACUGUCUUCCAACAGUCCGACAUAAAAUAAUUUUUAUACAACAUUUCAAUCCUUUCGAGUUCAAAUAAGUUAUACUUUUUUUCUGUAAUUAUAGAACAUAAAGAAAUAAUGAUACAGUAAAAGAAAAUUGAUUAUGAUUUUCAUUUGUUGUUAAACUUAUGUAGAACUAGAUUAAACAGAAUUAUAGAGAGAUAUAUGGGUUAGUUUUUACGAAAGUAUUUAUACAAUGUAAUAAGUACCUGUGAACGGAAUUCCAUUGUAGGGAUGAAAAAUUGCAUUCUUUAACAAAGUUCGGUUAUAAACUGAA